UCUUCUUCUUCUCAAAUUGAUCGUGUUUAUACUUUUCUCUCUAAAAAGUAUUAUGACUUUCUUCAAUAUUUAAUACAAACACAUGCUGUAUUAUUUCUCCCUCAAGCAAAUGUAUUACAAGACAUUCCAUUAACUCUUCAAUUCUUUCUUUGUCAUUCAGCAUAUUUAAAUGUUUCUAAUGGAAAUUUUAUUACAUUAAAUGGUAUUUAUGGGAAAGUUGAUAAAUCACAUGCUAAAUUAUAUCCAUUUCAUCAAGCUUCUAUUUCUCGUUUAAGUCAACGUGACUUAUCUGAUAGAAUGAUAUCAUUCCAUGAUCUUAAUGCCUCUGCUGUGUCAAGUGUAAAAAUAAUGAAUGAUGAUAUUAUUGUUGACAAAUCAUAUGUAUUACCUGUACUUAUCACUAAAUCAGUAUUUUAUUUUGACUCAUGUUGUUGGGGAUGGAGAAGGGGAUUCAAUAUGACAUUUAGAGAGAAAAAUGAAUUUACUAUUUAUAAUGAGUUACAAGUAGCUUUAGAUAAUAUUAGAAGAAGUAUUCCAACUCUUAGUAAAAUUGAAAAAGAAACAGGUCAAAAAUAUUUUCAUUGGGAGUUUGAGGGAGAAAUGAAGAAAUCAAUGAUUGAACAAGAAGAAGACAUGAAAUUGUUUUUUAUGAAAUUAAGUUUAAGUGAAAGUAAUGGACUAUUUCAAAUUAUUGAUAAUUUUGUGAAUAGAUUUAAUGAAUUAAUUAUUAAUAAACCAAUUAAGAAACGCAAAGGAUAUAUUAAUGGAUGUAUUAAAAUUUUAUGUCAAAAAGCACAAGAAAUAGAAAUAUGGAAGAAUGGAUGGAAUGAAGAUGCUUUCAUAAAUAAUAUGAAUCGUUUAUUAAUUAAUAAACUUUUUAAAUAUCUUUGGCCUCCAAUGAUUGCAUUAAAAGAAGGUCAAUGUAUACAACAAAUUGAUGGGGAUGAUAUUUGUUUUUGUUUAUCAAGAACACAUUCAUUUAUUCAACCAAAACAUGUUGGUACAGAAUUACAAUUAAAUGAAAUUGGAAUGAAAAGUGCAUUAACAUUAUUAUUGAAAAUAGACUCUGUAUGUACUCCUUUAGAAAAAGUAAUGUAUAUAUUUUCUUCCUUUAAAAUAUUAGAGCAAAUGAUUCGAUUUUAUCAAAAAACAAAUGUGACUGCUGAUUUAUUAUUUCCAUUAUGUUUGUUUUUAACAAUAAAAGCUCAAUUACCAUAUUUUGAUUCUACAAUUUAUUAUAUUGAAGAAAUGCAAAUGCAAAUAAACAGUGAAUUGUCAUAUUAUUAUUGUAAUUUUAUGGCUUGUAAAGAUUUUGUUCAAACAUUAUGUUAUAAUUCAUUAAAAGAAUCUAUAUCACAACAAGAAUAUGAAAAAUUAAUUGUCCAAACUAUGUCAUCUCAAAAUGGACAAUUCCAAAGACUGGCUUAGUUAUUCCUCAAAAAUUAUCAUUACAAAAGAUUCAACAACUCAUUGACCAAAAAUCAAAAUCAAAUAGUGAUGAUUUCUUAUUACAAUACUAUCAAAAUAUUCCUUUACAAGAAUUAACUCCUGAGGAUAUUCCAAAAAUUCUUAAUUUAUUACAAGAACUAUAUAAUGACACAAACUAA